AAGUUAAGUUUUGAUUUCUUUCAAACAGAUUUAGAAAACCGAAAUGUUAGAUUAUCUCACAUUUACCAAUCUAGCUUUAUUCGCUAUUGCAUUGCUGCUAUUUUAUAUAUGGCUAACACCAAAGUACAAAAAUCUGCCGCCUGGACCAAUGGGUGUACCUUUUCUUGGUUGUCUACCGUUUAUGGAAACUUUAGCGGAAAGAACGUUCACAAAGUGGUCAAAAAAGUACGGACCUAUCAUUACUGUACAACUCGGCGAUCAUCGAACCGUGAUUCUCAACAGUUAUGAAGCCAUAGAAGAGGCAUUUAUCAAGAAAGGAGAGAAAUUCAACGGACGUUUCAAAACGUACUUCACUGAAUUCGCGAGCGAAGGGUUGGGAAUGGUCUUUAUUGACGGCGAAAAAUGGAAAGAGCAUCGAAAGUUUGGCACAAGAGCUCUGGCUGGAGCGGGUAUGUAUGGGAAAACAAUCGAGCAGCGUGUUUUAGAGGAAGCUGAAAACAUUUGCCACGUUAUUCGUUCAAAAAAUGAAGAACCAUUUAUACUUGAGGACGACUUGAUAUUGUCUGUAGCGAAUGUGAUCAACGGAAUCACCAUAAGAGAAAGAUGCGAUGAAGAAGGAAAUGAAAACUUGCUUAAAUAUGCUGCAAUUGUGGUUGAAGGGUUCCGGAAAGAUGGUUUGAUUUAUUCGUUGUUGUCGGUUAUUCCGUGGUGUCGAUUCUUUCCGCAGACUCAAAAACACAUAAAAAGCCUGAAAGAUGGACUCAAAGCGGGAAACGCGUUGUUCGAUAACUUGAUAGAACAACACCAGCAACAACAUGACCGUCUCCACCCAAGAGAUCUGAUUGAUUUGUAUUUGAAUCAAAUGAAAGACUUUUCUAAACCACAACUACGUUAUUUUUUAAAAGAUCUUUUCGCUGCUGGAACCGAAACGAGUAGUAGCACCAUACGUUGGGCGUUAUUUUACCUCAUUGUUAACCCUGAUAUUCAGGAUAAAGUGCAUAAAGAAAUAGACGACGUUAUAGGGCAUAACGGAGUUGUUCGUUACGACACCAAACUACCAUACACUAAAGCGGUCCUUCAAGAGACUUAUAGAAUACGAACAGCGACGCCUCUUGGCGUGCCAAGACGAAAUACUGAGGAUGUUACAUUGAUGGGAUACUUUAUACCAAAGAACACUCAGAUCAUUCCUAACCUUUGGUGGGUCCACAACGACCCAGAGUAUUGGAACGAACCCGACGUUUUCAAACCUGAAAGACACCUGGACGAAGAAGGAAACUUGAUUAUGUCUAACAGAGUCAUUCCGUUUUCGAUCGGUGCCAGACAUUGUUUGGGUGAAAAUUUGGCACGAACGGAAAUAUUUCUCUUUCUGGUUUCUAUUCUACAAAAGUUUACGGUUCUUCCGAAUCCUGAAGACCCAAACCCGCCUUUAGAAUGCUCUCCUGGUAUCGUUAAUUCGCCACAUAAGUACCCGCUUAUAAUGAAAGAAAGAUAACUAUAUGAAUUUGCUAUAAAAAUCUCUAAACAUUAACAUAGAAUAUCAUAUAUAGAUGAUUCUCAUUGAGUGUUUUUACAAAGUUUCAACAUAUAGUAGGGUGGGAAAAUUAGGACAUUGUUACUGUGUCCUCACGACUUCCUAGUACCGUUGUUAAUAUGAAUAUUAUGUGCUAAUGGUGACCCGUCUUCCCUCCUACAUAUAAUUCUCCUUACUUGUAUUUUUAAGACCAUAGUAUUCCAACAUAUACAAAGACACUCUAAUUGAUGUGCCCGGGCGUUAUACACAGAGGUAGUGUUAUUAUUCAAUUUCGUGUGUUAUACGUCUAGCUUGAAACACUAAUUAUUACAAUGCGCCGCGUGCGCUUGAAACGCACGCUUUUUGUGUGCAAUUUAGGUUUAACUUCGCCCUACAAUUCACUUUACUGUACUGAUCGUGUGAGAACGUAUUAAGGUUAAAUGAAGAAUGUUAACAGUUAAGAUAGUAAAAUGAUUUUUGGACUUUGCUGUAAUGUAGAACUGCAUUUAAACGUUUUUACUAGAAUAAAAAGUUUCAACAGUG